CCUCGGGGUCUGGUCUGCCUGCGAAAAAAAGUACGCAGUUACAACAUCCUCUAAGGUGUCUGCCUUAAGGUUAACUCUAGCACUGUGUUUAUUUUGACUCGUCUUUUUUAUAGCUGCACCUCGACCUUCUCUUAUCCUUCGACCUCUGACAACAUCACCCGCAUCGAACCGCGACCAUGACUGCAAGCAUGCAUUCAACCCUUGAGCAUGGAGUUCCAUUGGGAAGCACCAUCGUUCCCCAGAGUGAUGGAAUGCCACCCUUGGACGACGACCACUCACUCAGACUAAAUCAAUGGGCUAAUAAGUAUCGAGGAGCUACGGUUGCCGACCUCGAUCUCCCCCCUGCCCUGUCUACAUCACCAAGCACAUCACUCGCCACUGCCCUCCUGUCCGCAUCGUCCCACGAUUACUCCCAUUUGACUGUCCUGUCAGAAACAACACGUUCUCUCCUCGGCUAUCUGGCCAUUUCUAGCCUCAAACACCUUUUCGAGACAAAACAAUUGGAUCCCUCCGACCCCGUGUCCAAGGCUAUGGUCAAGUUCCAACGUCGGGGCAACAAGAAAUAUCAAGUCAUCACGAUGGAGACCGAACUGUGGGAGCUGGAAGGCUUCUUUGAAAACGUUGGACCUUAUGCUACCGGAACAGAGCAAGACUUUGCUGUGGUUACGGAUGGUGGCCGAAAGUUCGUCUUGGGUGUGGUGACCAGAGGGGAUCUGGAAGAGUUUGUCAAAAGACGGCCGAGCCUGGGAUGAAGUGUGAUUGUUGUUUAAGUGUCAAUGGCACGCUGGCUCAGCACAAAGACAAGGCCUAAAUCACACAGGGCAAGGGCCAGAUCUUCUGUGGAAGAAUAUUCACAUCAAGCGACACUGUAACUGUGUUGCAAAGUCAUGGUGUGAGGCUGGCUUGUCCGGCUGGCUCUAGCGGUAGCUGUUGCAGCAAGCUUUUUUGCCUCUCGCUGUAAUGUGCUGCGGCUCACAGCAUCUCCAAGGUUUAGGUCUCAAACCGUCCUUGAACAAAGCUCUGUAUCCGGAGCUUUUCUACAGCGUCCCACCACUGUCAUGAUGCAAUGACCAUGGGACAAUGACGCCGCGAUGUCGAUUCUACGACUCUAUCACGAUUCAUACACCGCAAUCCAGGUCAAGCGGGCCCAGUCAUGGAGAUUUCGACGCAUCAGAUGAGAUGUGUAUGGCCCAGCCGAUCAGCUCAUUGAGGUUAUCGACGAGAACGUCUGCUCGAGUGUUCGGGCUUUUGCUUAGGAACCAUUCCCGCCUUGCAUGAUUCUCGCUGGGGUCUAUCAUAUCGAGACUGAAUUAGAUGGGAGUCAUCAACUCAUAUUGAUGAUGGAGGGGGUCCAGCAUUGGCAGAUCAGUCAGAACUCCUUGUCCCAAUUGCUACUGCUACUGCUAUUGCUUACGGCUUACAUCCAUACCGGCACUUUCCCAAGUCUAUGAGAAAGCAUGCUCGUCUUGUUAGGAGUGAGAGGCUAGACGAGUUAGAGCUAGAUCCUAAUCAGAACCACUCAGAUACUUUUGAGCAGAUUUACAAUGUCAUAUUCAUUGGGCAAUUCAAUUGUACUCGGAGCUUAAGGAAAGUGUUAGCAUG